AUGCCAGAUGGAGGUGGAGGAGUGGCGGUAACGUUGACCUUCAGCUUGCCAGAAGGGUCGCAGGGUGCCUCAGAGUGCCUCAAGAAGAAGUUAUCAGCUGAUCCAGCACGAGCCCAAACCGCGAAUUGCGACGAAACCAAGCACGUCUAUUCUGUCCCAGUUCCAAGAGACAGGAAAGGAGGCGUAUUGAAAACGUCAGAGUUCCCAAGCAAAGCAACACGGCGACUGCAAGCUGCGAUCGUCGCCACACCGAGGGAUCCUACUCCAGCGAACAAGUCAGAAGCGUCGCAUAUUGUACAGCCUGACAGCCUGGCAGUUCUCAUCCCAUGUAUGGAUCCGUGUAUGGACCCUAGCCGAGCUAGGAGAUGCUGGAAGCUGCAGGGUCGCCAGAUGCGGGCAUUAGACGAGACGGUUCGGGUAUCUUACAACAUGAGAUACGCUAUAGAACGUGUAGACUGGUAG